AUGAAUCCCAUCUUCAUGGAACUCCUUCCACAAUCAGAUGAUGAGAAAUUCCUUUCCCUCCCUUACGAAGAACGAUGGAGCAAUCUAGAGCAAGUCAUCACCAAGCUUUACACGCGCAAACGUGCAAGCGAUGGGCGCACGGCAACCCUGGACCAGGUGGUCCAAUUCAUGAGGACCUAUUACUCAUUCCAUGCGGCCCAAACUGAGUAUCGGCGACGUUUCAAAGACUGGGGCGUUACCAAGCGCAUGACAACAAAGGUCAAGGACGCCACCACCAGCGCUCUUGUGAAGAGGAAACACCCGGGAGCGAGCGUGUCUGGUGUCACUACCCAACAAAACGGCGAAAGGACGCCUCUCGAGUACAAGGAACUGAAAAGACAUUUGAUUAGCAGAAAGGCCUGCCUCGAUAUCACACCUGGCUUACUUUCCUCAUGGAACCUCCCCUACGCUGCUUUGAUUUCCUCUUUUCCUCAGAAACCAGAAGCACGCUCACCUUUCGGACCUAUUGGGCCAACACCAGAUACUUUUCAAAUCCAAAGUCCGGAAGCGCUGACACCUGGUCGCGCGGCAUCUGGUCCAUCACCAAGAAUGCAGCUUGUAUAUGAAAAGCAUAAGGAGCAUUGCACAAGCCUUUUCCUGCAGGGGCGCCUUGAGCAACUUUUGAUUAGUCUUCCCAGAGAAGACCGCAGCACAAUGGUCAACUACUUUCAUGACUUCUAUAUGCACAGCUUUAUCCUGGCAAAGAAUUGGAGCAAGGAAAUUCCGAACCAAACUCCAACACAAGCAUUAGGUCUCACGCCGCAAACACGGAACACAAACAGUCCAUGGACACCCUCAGCCUUUCUCAAUUUUUCUUCCGGGCCCUCUUCGCCCGAAGGGUUGAGUGCGAUGGAUAUAUCAUUGCCACCGAUGCAGCUUUGUAAAUGGUCCAUUCAUGUGUCAUCCACAUCUUGUCAAAUCGACUGCCACAUGGGAACGGUUGCUCCACCGGCACAUUCGGAGUCAAGCUCAUUUGUGAACUGCCUACACCAAUCCAUGGUCUCGAAUGACUUCACCAUGACACCGAAAGGAGACCUUCCUCUGGCCCAUGACUUGAUCACAAGGUCCCUGGAAGAGCACCCAAGCCCUCUCCAGUUAGAUGCCUGGAAGUUAGCCAUAAUGGCAGGAAACAUGGACCUUUUGUAUCAGCUCUGGGAAGACAAUCAAAAAAAGCCACCGGAAGGAAUCGAGGCUCUUCAUCCCUUCCACCUUGCGGCUGCAUUUCUGAAUGGCGGAAAAAAGUGCUGUGAAGUAUUUUUCGAACUUUCUCGGCUGCUUGGCUCAUCCUUUGCCUUCCAUCACAAUGUUGAUGAUCAUGGAGACACAAUCCUUGAUGGUAUUGUAGUGGCCGUACUUCGCUCUCACACCAGCAUUGAACCGGGUGAUAUAAGAGACGGAUUACAUUCGCCCAAUCGAUUCCCCGGAGAAGAAAAUGAUAUUUGUGGUAGAUGGGACGCAGAAACUCCAACUAUCCGUGAGCUUUUUAAACAAGGAUACUCUCGGAUCCCCACGAAGUGGAAGCACCCCUUCUGUCACACAGCCGUGCAAGCUGUUUGUCACAGCAUCACUACCAUCUUUGCCUCGCCUGCCUCACCAAACAUCAACACACAGAGUGGGUUGUUCCUGCGACGUUGUACAGCUUGUGGUCUAGAGCUCAGGCUCAGGCCCCUCCAUACGAUCGUUGUUACAGCGUUUUACCUGGCACAGAUGGGAAGGCCUGGAGAAACCUUGUUUGGAGCAGUUGCAAUGGUGGUAUGUCUUAUCACUCUUGGAGCGGACGUUUCGUUGAAGGCAAAUAUAUCAGUCGAGGAGAUAUUGAGGUCUUCAAACACUGGCCAGUGCCGUCACACGCAACUUUCACCACUUGAUCUGAUUGAGGCCGUCCCUGGUGAUGUCAUUGAAGCUUGGAGUGAAAGUUGUCGAGUUGGCUGGGGUUGUCUCGCUGAUGUCUUGGCUCUUACUAUGUUGCAGCAGGACCAAGAGAGAAGCGGCCAUCCUCAAGGACCGGCGAGUCCACUACGGGACGAAUGGCCAGACACUCCGAGAUCAAUCUUCAGCGAGUCCUCGGAUCAUGACUCGUGUUGGGGGGGGUUCCAAGAUGAAUAUCACGAUUACUGGCUCAAGCUGCCAUGCAACGGCCCACGAAUUGGUCUUCUCUGGGCCUCGAUUCAGACUGAGCUACUCACAUACCGCAGGGUCAGGGAAGGAGAUGCCUGGAUAUCCGACAACUUUUCCAUGAAGGCACUCAAGACUUGGCUCGAAGAAGACGACACAGAGCUUUCAAUGCCGCUCGUUCAGAACUCGAUGUUUAAGGUGCAUACACGUUGUGGAUGGUUCGGUGGAGCCUCAGAUUUCCUCUGCCCCACCGCCGAGGAUGUCUGCACCAAGUACUUCAUGAACAUGGACAUCUAUAGUAGGUCAUCAUUCAUCAUGCAACCUGAUCUACUUGGGUCUUUUGAGAGUCUAGAACCAGUAGAACAGAAGAAAGUGUAA